AUGGUGGAACAGUUUGACACGGUUAUGGUUGCUUUGUCCCGACCUGAUGCCGUCCAGUGGCAGCACGUGAUCGACCUCACGGGUGUCGCUGUCCACAUCCUCCAUGACCUCCAAACCGUUUUCCAGGUCAUUGCCUCUGAGGCCAAGGACUUCACUCUCCACGCCAAAGCACGACCACUUGGCACCAUUCAACGUGCGGAACUAUUCUCUGGCACAAAAGCCCAGACACAGCUCCUGCUGGACAAGAUUGACGAAGGACUCCAAAAUUGUUGCCGCCCCAACUAUCCCAGGACGUCCGCCCUCAGUGCCCUGAUUUCUUCCACCGCAGCCCCCGACGCUUCGCCUCCUGGCAAACAGUCCUCCGAAUCACCAUCCUCCAAACAAGAUGCAGUCGCAUCACCUGCAAAGAAGCCAAAGCCUAGCAACGAGGAAAGCACCACCAGGGGUAUGCUCAUCUGUACUUCCAUCGAACAACCACCGAUGCCAGAUCAAAAGUGGAAAGUCAACGGUGUGGAGAAUACUGCCUGUGUCAACUUCCUCUUCCGCGCCCUUAUGAACUCCUUGGUCUGCUUUCGAACGCCACUACAGUUUGCCGCCAACAAGGAAAGCACCACCAGGGGUAUGCUCAUCUGUACUUCCACCGGACGACCACCAAUGCCAGAUCAAAAGUGGAAAGUCAACGGUGUAGAGAAGACUGCCUGUGUCAACUUCCUCUUCCGAAACUUCCAGUGCACAAAUACUCGUUGCACUUUGCUCCAUCUCCAUAUGCGAGUGUUCCAAUCUUGUCCUGUUAGCGAACAGGAGUCCUUCAAGACCUGGGUCCAAUUGACUCCAAACGUCAAAUGGGCUCCUGGGCAGGAACCACAUACCGUGGCGGCCGCAUCAGUAAGCACUCUUACCCGGCAGGUCAACUACUAUGCGUCUCGGUCCACACCUAAGUCACAUUGCGCUGACCCACAGGACGAGUGUGCUCUCCAGGACUAUCCCCCAACUCGGACAAUUUUUGACAAGCUCAACCCUGCGGACAUGCUUGUUGCUGAACAAUUCCGCCACAUUCUAGAACAGGGCGCAAGGGUAACACCUACCUUUACUCGGUCGGAACAAUCCCAUUUUCUUUGGGAUCUUCCGAGUAGAACUGUUGUCGCUGUGGAGUCCCCAUACUGUAAGGAUAGUAACGAUCGAUGCUUCACCACGGAAAGUACAUUUUGCCAUACAUUUGUUUUCCUCUACAAGAGCGGCUACUUGGACACAACGACCGGCAAUCGCUUGGGCAAGGCUUUUUCCGGAGCCUCACUUCUUCGUGUGUUACUCCAGAGCCACGAGUUUGUUGACUUUUGGCCACUUUGUUCCGUUCUCCCUUUGGAUACACCAAUGGGCCAAGUCAUGCACUGUUGGAGCCGGAUGUUCACCGCCUGUUUAUUACAUUACAACUUGGAUGUAGCCACCGCCGUUCGCUAUGUUGGGAACAUACAUACAGGGGCCCAUUGUGAUUGGAACGCUUUGGAACCAGAGCUACGUGCGGCAUCAGUUGAUGAUGGUCUUGUUGCAAAUUUACGGUGCGUGCUCGUUGACGGAUGUCCGAACUAUGUCAAUGCCACGUUGUCCGAGAAGAAUCGGCGAUCCUUUGCUGAAUAUGGAAAUCACGACUCGGUUUAUACCAAUGUCAAAAAAACACAGAAAGCAGUGCAGAAGGAUUUCGCCUGA